AUGAUCAGUCGACUAAAGUCGUGGAUUACGUGGUCAUGGACGUAUUUGUGGGCCUUGUGGUUCCUUUUGGUUGUUGCACUCAUUUAUAUUCUUCGCGGACCGCUCAGAAUCACUGAAUCUCUCGAAAGUGCGUCCUCAUACUUCAAUAAUUUGACACCAAAAUUCUAUGUAGCUUUAACGGGCACGUCAAGUCUUGUCUCAGGGAUUAUAUUAAUUUUUGAGUGGUGGUAUUUUAAGAAUAAUUCCGGUGAAAACGGUACCGGUAGUGAGGAUGGCAGCGAUAAUGAAGACGGUGUCGAAUCAGCUAGUCGAUCUGUGCCAGAAUGUAAAGUGUGGCGUAAUCCAACGGCGUUGUUUCGUGGUGCCGAAUAUCAACGGUUCACAAAAAUGACGGGUAAAGAGCCGUUGACGUAUUACGACAUGAAUUUGUCGGCGCAAGAUCAUCAGAAUUUCUUCACGUGUGACGGCGAUACCGAUGUGAUUACAGUAAUGCAAGUGGCUUGGCGAGAACGAGACAGUUAUUCGCGAAUAAAUGCCGCAUAUAAAGCACUGGAAAUAAAUCCGGACUGUGCGCCAGCAUUGAUUCUUCUGGCCGAAGAAGAAUGCCAAACGAUCGCUGAUGUUGAACAAACACUUAAGCGAGCACUGAAAGCAACAGAAGCGAAUUAUCGAAAGACGCAAUCACAAAUGCAUUACGAUGUUGCAUCAGAUCCUGUUCAUCGACGAGAUGUGAAUUUAUUGGUGUUUGUGCGAAGACGUUUAGCGAUGUGUGCACGACGUCAAGGUCGAUUAAAAGAGGCCGUGAAAAUGAUGCGCGAUUUGAUAAAAGAAUUUCCAAUGCUCAAUGUGAUGAAUAUUCACGAGAAUCUCAUCGAAGUUCUAUUAGAGCAACAGGCUUAUGCGGAUGCACAGGCUGUUUUGGCCAGAUACGAUGAUAUCAGUUUACCGAAAUCAGCCACCAUUUGUUUCACGUCUGCGUUGUUGAAAGUUCGUACUGUGGCAGAUAAAUUCACACCGGAUUUUGUGCAGCGUCGUGGCUUGAGUGCCGCCGAGUUGAACGCAGUGGAUGCGAUCCAUCGUGCGGUCGAAUUCAAUCCUCAUGUGGCCAAGUAUCUGCUGGAGUUGAAACCGUUGAUACUGCCUCCGGAGCAUUUAUUGAAACGCGGUGAUUCAGAGGCGAUCGCAUACGCAUUCUGGCAUCUGCAACACUGGAAACGGAUCGAUGGUGCGUUGUCUCUGUUGCAGUGCACUUGGGAAGGAACAUUUCGUAUGAUACCAAAUCCGCUCGAAAAAGGACAUCUUUUCUAUCCAUACCCAUCUUGUACAGAGGCUGCCGAUCGAGAGCUUUUACCAACUUGGCAUGAAGUUUCUGUGUAUCCAAAACGAGAUUUACCGUUUUUCACGGUACUCACAGCAUUACUCUGUUUACUGACGGCCUUUCUAGCUAUCGUCACUCAUCAAUAUCCGAAGGAACUGAUGCAACCAUUGACGUCGUUGAGCAAUUUAGCACAUGCAUUCUUGGAUCUAAUCUAUAGUGUAAUACCGGAUAACGUUAUAAACUUAUUGGCAUCGAAACCAGCUGUCAUUCCUUCUACGGAUGCAGUUAAUUGA